UGCGCGGGAGGUUCCGGGUGGAGCGGGAGCUUCCGGGAGCGGCCGGGCUGAGGAGGAGGAAGAGGAGGAUGAAGAAGGAGCAGGUAGCGCACUGUCAGUUCUCCGUGUGGUACCCGCUCUUCAAGGCAGUCACCAUCCGCAGUGUUAUACUUCCCCUGCCGGAUAAUGUAAAAGAGUAUUUGCUGGAUGAUGGAACACUGGUGGUUUCUGGAAGAGAAGAUCCGCCAAGUCAUUCUCAGGAGGGGAGUGAUGAUGCAGAGGAGAUACAGUGGUCAGAUGAUGAGAACACUACAACACUUAAGGCACCAGAAUUUCCCGAGUUCACAGCUAAAGUUCAGGAAGCAAUAAGUUCCUUGGGUGGCAGUGUUUUUCCUAAACUCAACUGGAGUGCUCCAAGGGAUGCCUACUGGAUAGCAAUGAACAGCUCUCUGAAAUGUAAAGCUCUCAGUGACAUCUUCCUCCUCUUCAAGAGUUCAGACUUCAUCACUCGUGACCUCACUCAGCCAUUUAUUCACUGUACUGAUGAUUCCCCUGAUCCUUCCUUGAGCUAUGAGCUUGUUCUUCGCAAAUGGUGUGAACUAAUCCCUGGUGCAGAAUUCAGAUGCUUUGUCAAGGAAAACAAGCUUUUAGGUAUAUCACAGAGGGACUACACCCAGUACUACGAUCAUAUCUCUAAGCAGCAUGAGGAGAUCUGUAGGUCCAUACAGGAGUUCUUCAAGAAACACAUACAAUAUAAAUUCUUGGAUGAAGACUUUGUUUUUGAUGUGUACAGAGACAGCAGGGGUAAGAUUUGGUUAAUAGAUUUUAACCCAUUUGGUGAAGUAACAGACUCCCUGCUCUUUACAUGGGAAGAACUCAUCUCUGGAAAAAACUUGAAAGGAGACCAGAGUGAAGGGGAAGCAACAGAACAGGAUUAUCCAGUGUUCCGUUGUACCAACAGCAAAGUCACUGUCCAGCCCAGUCCCUACCUGAGCUACCGACUGCCCAAGGACUUUGUGGACCUCUCCACAGGAGAGGAUGUUCACAAAUUGAUUGACUUUCUAAAACUGAAAAGAAAUCAGCAAGAGGAUGACUGAGGUACCCAGAAGCAUUACAUUGAAUUACAAGCAAGAAAUGUGGCAAAAUCUGUAUUUAGCAUCACUAUUAAACUAUUGAUUUAAAGAGAA